AUCGACAGUCAAGCACAUUCAUGAUAUUCGACCGCGUCUGGACCAAUAGCGUUUUGAAAAGUAUGACGAAUUUACAUGAAAAUGAGCAGUACUCGGAUCGCCCAUGUUCACUUGCAAUAUCCACUUCAGAAAUAUUCAGCAUUCUUGGAGAAAAUCUGCAUCUUUAAAAUUCUAUAACCACAACUGGAUUGCGCAAGUUAACUCGUUCGCUUAUUUUUCGUGUUAGCCACUCGCACAUAUUAUUGUACGGUUUGAAAAAUUCUCGAAAUAAUGCAGGCGACGAACACAGUUAAGAACAAGAUUCGAGAUCGUAUGCAAGAGAUCAAAGAUAAAAUCGACAACGCCGAAGAUAGGGAACAAAACGCCAAAGAUUUAUUCAAAGAAGCUGCCGAAAAAGUGUAUAACCUAGAGUCAGAAAUUGAUUCCAAAACGAAGAAAAUCGGUCAAAUGGAGAAAUACCUGGCAGAAAAGGAGAAGGAGCUGGAGAGAAAACUCAAGAAGUUGGAAGAAAUUGCACAGAAACAGGAGGUAGAGAACGAGUUGGUGAAGACCCUCGAGAACAUGGAGUUGGAUGGCGACGAAAAGUUGAGCGAGCUAGAGAAGCAAGUGGAUAAAAUUAGGAACAUAGCUGAAAGCAAGGAGUCGGAGAAUAAAGAAAUGACACUUCGAAUGGCACAGCUAGAGAACGAACUCGAUAAGGCGCUCAAAAGAAUGGAAGACGCCGUGGAUAAGGUCGAAAGACUGCAAGAGUCCAUCACACUGGGAAAGUCCAAACUGGAUGAUCUGAAAGAGAAGGAAGAAGGAGCUUACGAGAGGGAGGACGAAAGCGACAAAAAGUCGAGCUUCCUUGCACAGGAAGUACAUGAAAAGGUGAGCACAGCGGAAGAGAAGGAACGAGAAGUCGCUAACUUGGAGAGGUACAAGGAAGAAAUAAACGCCGAGAUAAACGAUGUAAAAUGUAGGAUCAACGAAGUACAUAGCGAGAUGGAAAAACUCCAAGAUUGCAUGGACGAUUUGUAUUGAAAUUCUAGUGUCAGGUAAAAAAGCUCUCUCCUCCAUAGAGGUUCGAAACGUUCAUUAUAGGAAUCCGCUGUGCGAGAUGAGUGUAGGCACCCUUAUGUAACCCUGCUCCGGCACUGACAUCGCUCAGCGGAUUCUCCCACCCGAAAAACCUUUUUGAACCUCUCUGGAGAGAUGAAAAAGUUCGCUUUUCCGAGAUCUUAGGAGCUCGAGUUGCGACUCUCACGUAAGCUAAGCCACAACACUUAGUCCGUUAUUUCUUGUUACGGUUAGUAGUUUUAUCCUUUGUGAAGCCGACUUUUGCAGAAGGAACAGACAGGUUGAAAGAAAUAGGUCCAUCUGUAACCAUUGUCCGGUGUUUGUUACUGCGAAUUAUUCCUUGUCGUCCGCUGCACUAGCGCUAUACUGUCUUCGCCUGUUUUGAGGUCUGGUCUACAUAUUUUGUUGUAAAAUUAUAAGAUUAUUACCAAAACCUAUUUUUUAGUCGCUAAUAUGAGAGGUUUUACAUUAACGAAACAGAUACUACUUUUAUUCAAAAUUAUUUACAUUCAAUAAAGGUCGUCGACUUCUUGCUGCA